AUGCUGCCGCCGGGGCGAAACGGCACCGCAUCCCGGGCUCGGUCUGGGCGGCAGCAGCUGGCCCGGGGGGGAGCCGUGGAGGGCUCCGAGGGGGCGUCGCCGCUGGGGCCCGCGCAGGUGGUCACGGCCGGCCUCCUGACCCUGCUCAUCGUCUGGACCCUGCUGGGCAACGUACUGGUGUGCGCGGCCAUCGUGCACAGCCGCCACCUGCGCGCCAAGAUGACCAACGUCUUCAUCGUGUCUCUGGCUGUGUCCGAUCUUUUCGUGGCGCUGCUGGUCAUGCCCUGGAAGGCAGUCGCCGAGGUGGCCGGUUACUGGCCUUUUGGGACCUUCUGCGACAUCUGGGUGGCCUUCGACAUCACGUGCUCCACCGCCUCCAUCCUGAACUUGUGCAUGAUCAGCGUGGACCGCUACUGGGCCAUCUCCAGGCCCUUCAGCUACGAGCGCAAGAUGACCCAGCGUCUGGCCGUGGUCAUGGUCGGCCUGGCGUGGACCUUGUCCAUCCUCAUCUCCUUCAUCCCAGUCCAGCUCCACUGGCACAGGGACAAGAUGGGCUCCUGGGGUGGGGUGGACCCGCCAUCUAACCUGGCCAACGGGACGCCCUGGGAGGAAGCCGGGGAGACAGACUUGAACGCGGAAGACUGUGACUCCAGCCUGAACCGAACUUACGCAAUCUCCUCCUCACUCAUCAGCUUCUACAUCCCGGUGGCCAUCAUGAUCGUGACCUACACGCGCAUCUACCGCAUUGCCCAGGUGCAAAUCCGCAGGAUUUCCUCCCUGGAGAGGGCCGUGGAGCACGCGCAGAGCUGCCGGAGCCGUGAGGCCUGCGCGACCGACGCCGGCCUGCGGACAUCUAUCAAGAAGGAGACCAAGGUCCUCAAGACCCUGUCGGUGAUCAUGGGGGUCUUCGUGUGCUGCUGGCUGCCCUUCUUCAUCCUUAACUGCAUGGUCCCUUUCUGCAGUGGACACCCCGAGGGCUUCCCGUGCGUCAGCGAGACCACCUUCGACGUCUUCGUCUGGUUUGGCUGGGCCAACUCCUCCGUCAACCCCAUCAUCUACGCUUUCAACGCUGACUUCCGGAAGGUGUUUGCCCAGCUGCUGGGGUGCAGCCACCUCUGCUCCCGCACCCAGGUAGAGACAGUGAACAUCAGCAAUGAGCUCAUCUCCUACAACCAGGACACCGCCUUCCACAAGGAGAUCGCCGCUGCCUACAUCCACAUGAUCCCCAACGCGGUGACCCCCGGCGACGCGGAGGUGGACAAGAAGGAAAAGGAGAGCCCUUUCGAUCGUAUGUCCCAGAUCUCUCAGACGUCUCCAGGUGGUGACCCUGCUGCUCAGUCUGUCUGGGAGCUGGACUGCGAGGGAGAGAUUUCAUUAGGCAAAAUAACACCUUUCACCCCAAAUGGGUUCCAUUAAACUGCCUAAGGACCGUUCUUCGUGGAUCUAUAUAACUGCAUAGACAUGAACAAGCAUGCAGAAUACACACGGACACACACACACAUUUCCACGGCUGCUCAGUGUCUCGUGCCUUCUGUGGUGGUGUAGUAGUCCCUGUGCUUAGAAACUUCACCAGACUGAUUUGUUGUGGAAAGAUUUGGCAGAAGCAGUUGGAAAAAACUCAGUCAAAUAUACACUAGCCUAGCAGAGAUGGAUCAAUGGUUCUGUUAGAGAGGAUAAGAUGGUGAUUGAUUCGCCAAAAAAAAAAAAAAAAAAAGGUGGUACCCAGUCUUUAAAAAAUAUACUCUCCCCUCCCCUUUUGAAUGACUAGAUUAUUCAGUGAGUUAUUUGUGUUUGGGUUGAUUUUUAAGCAAUAGGUUCAAUGUGUGUAGCACUGAUGGGAAUGUGUGUGGCUUUCCUGUAUCUUGCUUUCUGUGGCCUGUGUUUCUGCAAUUUUUGCCCUCUGUGCGUCUUUGCUACAGCUGAGGAAUUCUUCCUGAUUUAUUCUGGUGGUUAAUAAACACAAAUUAU